AUGGAAUCUAGGGGCAUCUAGUGAGCGAUAGAUCCCAAGGUGCGAGCUGAAGGACGAGCUUACAGGAGGGAGCCGAAAGGCGAAGAAGAGGAGACGGCAGCAGCAGUAGUAGCAGCAGCAGCACCAGCAGCAGCAGCAACAGCGACGACCAUUGGCGCCUCUGGCAGCAAGAACCAGGAGCUGACGGCCGAGAGCCACCCGCACCGCCUCCUCCAGGACUUCUACGACGAGUGCAUCAGCAGGAAGGCCUCCGCCCCGGCCUUCUGCUGCCCUUUCAGCUGCUGUGGCAGCCCCGCGCUCGUUGAGAAGGCGCCGCUCGACAAUUUCAAGACCUUCCUAUUCGCCCUCAGCAACGCCCCGGGCUGCGCCACCUGCAAGGUACGUUCGUGUGCGCAGAGCAAAGAGCAGCAACUUGAAGGGAAUGAACUCGCCGUCUGGCAUCAUGUCUGUCUGUCUGUCUGUCAUGUGUUGGUUUGCUGUGUGUGCGUGUCGUGUUGCCUGGCUGCAGGGCAGGGAGGCUGCUCAUCUGGUGACGGAGGACAACAUCAGCCACCUGGCCUUCAUGGUGGUCGAGAGGGCGGCGACGGCCGAGAGGGACGAGGACCGCAGCACCCUCGCCACAUUCAUCGCCGCCAUCGACACCCUCCAGCCCGUCCCAUUCGCCACCCUCAAGAGCAGCCGCGUGGUGAUGGCCGCCAUCGACCACCUGUCCGCCUACGCCACCAGCAGCCCCACCGCCGAGGACUUGGCCUACAGGAAGGCCAUGGCCAACCUGGGGGACCUGCUAGGCAAGCUCCUCGCCCUGGUCGACCACCACGCCGCCGCCCCCUUCACCAGCCGCCUCCCUGGCAUGCUCGAGAGGGCCUGCAGGGACGGCCACCUCCUGACGCUGCUGCCCGUCGUGUGCGGCAUCCUGCGGCAGCUCUCGGCCAGUGGGGU